AUGUGGCUCUCGCGAUUCCGUGCUAGCGAGAUGAUCAGACACGAUCGAGAACCCGGCGGGCGACAUCGACCUCAAGCCAACGGGACCACGGAACGAAUGGUACAGACAGCGACCAGGGCACUCAAGAUGUACGUUAGAUUAGAUGGGAUGAGUACGUUGAACGCCUCACCUUCGCGAUCAACACGCCCCACGAUCGGAUUCGAGGAGAUACCCCUCAUUAUCUGGGAUCCCGAGAUCAACGCUGGAGGCCACUAUCCCAGUCGGUCGCACCCGAUGGCGCGACCGGGGUCCACGACAGUGGUGUUAUCGGGUCCAACGGCAUUAUCAGCAGUCACGGGAACAAGUUAA